AAUGCUGUCAUGCGCAAAGGCUCUCUCGCCCCGCGGGCACUCGUGGACCAGCAUAAAACCGGCCCUGCGCCUCGCACCCUCACACACUCCUCCCGACGCCUUCUCCUCUGCGCCCAACAAGGGACCCUCCACACCACAGACAUGUCCUGCUACGACAUCUGCCGCCCCUGCGGACCCACCCCGCUGGCUAACAGCUGCAACGAGCCCUGUAUCAGGCAGUGCGAGGACUCCCACGUCGCCAUCCAGCCUCCCACCGUGGUGGUCACACUGCCAGGACCCAUCCUCAGCUCCUUCCCCCAGAACACCGCCGUUGGAUCCUCCGCAUCAGCUGCCGUGGGCAGCAACCUCAGCUCCCAGGGAGUGCCCAUCUCCUCCGGUGGCUUUGGAGGCUUUGGCCUUGGAGGCCUGGGCUGCUUCUCUGGCGGAAGAGCCUGCUACCCCUGCUAAGGACCCACACCAACACCCCUGACUGAAGCCUCCAACUCCAUGCAAGCCAGCUCUUCGACUGAGGACGCACCUCCGCGCUCUUCAUAGCGCACAGGCUCACCAGCCUCGGCUCUUCUUCUCAGGGCACUCCGCACUCUAGCAGGGAAGGGGGCCAGUCCAUGCUGCCUGGAAACAUGGCUGAUGGAUGGCCUACUCCUCUCUCACUUCCUUGUUCUCCUUCCACCGUCUUCCAUGUCCAGUACUCUCCACUGCAAUGGCUUACUCGCAGCCACAAACCCACCCGGCACCUCCCAUGUGCUGAUUCUAUUGCAGUGCAGGAAGACCUUGGGGCUCUGGGAAAAUCUGCUGUACCAUGGGACACAGGCUGAUGAUUGCACUACUUGCACCACAGAACAGGUCCCUUCUACUCUGCACGCCUUUGCACUCUUCUUUUCCACAAUAAAGUUCUCGUGCAUGUCA